AUGGAUAGACAAUCAAGCGCUGUACUCCACCGCAACCUACAGCUUGUACCACAAAAGGUAAUAAGGGCAAAGGGAAGCUAUAUUUUUCUCGAGGAUGGGCAAAGACUCCUUGACUCUACGGGAGGUGCGGCCGUUUGCUGCGUUGGACAUGGACAUGAAAAGGUCAAGGAUGCUAUCAAGAAGCAGAUGGAUGAGAUAUCCUAUACGCAUUCGCUUUUCUUCAGCACCAGUGCCUACGAGGAGCUCGCCGCAUUUUUAACCGAGUCUACCGGGGGGAAGCUGCCGAAGGUGUAUAUCGCAAACUCUGGCUCUGAAGCUAUGGAAGCCGCAAUGAAACUCGCUCGACAAUAUUUCCUGGAACUUCCUACUCCUCAGCCACAGCGUAAGAGGUUCAUUGCACGCAAGCAUUCAUUCCACGGAGUCACUCUCGGUUCUCUGUCCAUGGGCGGCCAUGUCUUCCGGCGAGAGUUGUUCAAGCCCAUCUUAUUAGACAAUGUAUCGCAUGUCUCGCCAUGUAAUUCAUAUCGCGGGAAGGAAGACGGAGAGUCGGAUGCUGAGUAUGUUGCAAGACUGGCUGCAGAACUGGAUGCCGAGUUUAAUAGAGUCGGCGCCGACUCAGUAUGUGCCUUUGUGGCCGAGCCCGUUGUAGGUGCGGCCUUGGGCUGCGUUCCAGCUGUCGCGGGCUAUUUCCAGGCCAUGAAAGGGAUCUGUGAUAAAUAUGGAGCCCUCCUUAUCCUGGAUGAAGUGAUGUCUGGAAUGGGUCGAUCUGGGACUCUUCACGCCUGGGAACAAGAGGGCGUUGUACCCGAUAUUCAAACCAUUGGGAAAGGCCUUGGAGGUGGUUAUGCUGCGGUCUCCGGUAUUCUCAUUGGGAAUAAGGUAGUUGAUGUUUUAGAUAAAGGUACCGGCGCCUUUCGCCAUGGGCAGACGUACCAAGGCCACCCAGUUGGAUGUGCAGCAGCUCUGGCCGUUCAGAAGGUGAUCAAGGAGGAAAAUCUCCUGGAAAAUGUGAGAGAGAUGGGUGCGCUGCUUGAAGCUCGAUUAAGGGAGUAUCUGGAUGACCAUCCAAAUGUAGGAAACAUAAGGGGCAAGGGGUUGUUCUGGGGCGUUGAGUUUGUCAAGGACAAAGUAACUAAAGAGCCAUUCGAUCCGAAACUUGCCGUCAACAUGAAAGUCCAGGCGCUUGCCUUGGAUCCAAAGUAUAGCUUCUCGAUCUAUGGAGGUGCCGGUACGAAAGACGGGAUAAGCGGCGACCAUGCUCUACUUGCACCGCCAUAUAACUCCACAAAGGAGGAGAUCGAGGAGAUUGCGAAGCUUACAGCAGCCGUGGUCAAGGAGGUAUUCACCGAUUUGGGUGCGAGCAAGUAG